AUGACGAAAAUAGAGCAGAUAAACAAAUUGGUUAAAUGGGCUGAGCUGAAUGGUGCUCAAAUAUCGCCAGAUGUUGAAUUCAAAGAAAUAUCGACAAACUAUAUAGGUGCCAUCUACAAAGGAAAUAAAGUACCUGAUUCACCCUUUUAUCCUAUCAGUAUCCCAUUUAAAUUAAUCAUUACUCCACGGAAUGCCAUCGAGGAAUUUUCAAAGCUGUUGCAAAAUACAGAUAUUAGUCACAACUCAAUAUUGAAAUUGUAUUUAUGUCAUGAAAGAGUGAAUGAAAAUUCGUUUUUCCAUCCGUAUUUGAACUUGUUACCUUCAUUGUCGGAAAUCGAUUCUCCAUACACAUGGUCAGCAAAUGAUAAAUCUUAUUUACAGGGAACAAAUUUAGGUAGCUCUUUAAAAGAAAACUUGGCUUUAUUAGUGGAGGAAUGGUGGAAGGCAAUUAAUGCCUUGCAUGACGAUAUUCCCAAGCCAGAACAACAUUUUAUUAAUAUGAAAUACUACUACGAAUAUAAAUUCUAUACUGAUGAUGACUUGGAUAAAUAUUUGAAUGAUGAAAAUAUUGAAAAUUGGACCAGUUUCCCAAACUAUUUAUGGGCGUCAUUGAUUUUAAAGAGUAGAUCUUUCCCAGCAUAUUUAAUUGAUAAAAAUAACAAACAGGAUAGUGCCAUGCUUCUACCAGUUGUGGACUUGUUAAAUCAUAAUUCUAAAAGUAAAGUACAUUGGGAUAUUUUUGAAAAUCAUUUUAAAUUCGGAUCAGAAUCGAUUGAACCUGGGAAAGAGAUUUUUAACAACUAUGGUUUGAAGGGGAACGAGGAAUUAUUAUUGGCGUAUGGAUUUUGUAUUGAAAAUAAUCUUCAAGACUCAGUGGCAUUAAAGAUCAAAAUGCCUGAAGAGAAGAUUAAAGCUAUUGAAGAGUACGGUGUUAAGUUACCAACGAUAGAUGAUUACACCAAUUCAGUAGUUGUUAGUGAUACCCCCACUACCGAACAAACAAAGCAUCAAGAUGGCGUCUUGUUUUUUGUAAAUAAUGAAAACAUUCCAAACAGCUUGAUUGAAACAUUUCAAAUUUUAGUGCAAAAUGAAUGGGAAACAGGAAUAACAUUGCGGAUGAGGUUGUCUGGUUUGAAUCAUUUGCGUGCUGCUUUGGAGACUAAGAAGAAUUUGCUAAAACUUGAUGUCCCUCAAAACUCACAAAAGCACAAGUAUAUUCUAUGGUAUAUCGAAUCUCAAUUUAAAAUAUUUACGUCAGCAAUCAAGAGUAUCAAAAGAAUGGAAAAGGAGAUAUUGAAGGAUGAAAAGGCAUACUUAACUACAUUGAAGAAUGUUUUAAAAAGAGAUUCUAAAUUUCAGCAGUCAAUGUUAUUUUUGGGAUUCCCUGACUAUGAUUCAAUAUUAGAGUCCCAAUUUCAGGAUCAGUGUUGGUUAUUGUGGUUGAUCCGUUGUUAUAACCGCGAUCAAUAUUCUAAUGACUCAGAAUGUUUACCAAUAUGGAUUCAUGAUGUAUUUGUGAAGCUCAGAAAAAGCACUGACAUUUCUGCACAAGAAGUACUCAACUAUAAACCAAUAUAUGAGAACUUGAUUCCGGAUUUAUCUGUACAAGUUCCUGAGAUUUAUGCCAAGGGACAAUGGACCCUAAGCGAGUUCAUAAUUGCUGCAAGAUUAUUAGAUUUAAUUGGAUUUGUCAGGGGUAAAGAACAAGAGUGCAUAUUAGUCGAACAAGUAUAUUCUUAA